UUUAUUUUGAAGGCCAACCGCAAAUUCCACAAUUCUCACGAGCUUCAAGACUGCCGCCAACCAGGAAAUUCGCAAAAUAAACGUUCAUUUGCUGUUGCGAAACAGGCAGACAGAGCUGUCAGUUGAAGACGUCGUAGCUAGACUACUUGUACAAUAAGGAAACGAAGACGUCAUGCAGCCCUCUAAAGACGUCUGUUGGUUCUUGACAAUAUGGAUGGUCCACCUUGCCCUCAUGGUUCUCACUGUUCAAGGUCAAAACUGCUCCAAACCCGUACCGUUAGAAGGGUCAAACAUUGUUUUGACAUCAACUCAAGAGACAUUUGGAAAUGGAACAAAAGCAAGUUUUGAGUGUUCAACUGGAUAUAUCCGUACAGAAGGGUCUCGAUCAGUCAUCUGUACUGCUGGCGUGUGGAGUACAGUGACACUGACAUGCAAAUUAAGGCCGUGUGGCUCACCAGGAGAAGUGAUGAACGGCCGAUAUAAUCUCUCAGGGGUUCUGUUUGGCGCCAGGGCUGUUGCUUUCUGUGACACUGGCUAUAUGCUUGUGGGUAACGGUGUAAGGAACUGUUUGGUCGACGGCUGGGAUGGCAGAGUUCCUGUAUGUGAAGUGGUGAAGUGUGGAAAGCCCCCCAACAUUGUCAACGGUGGACAUGUUAUCCCACCUGAUGAAGAGUACCACUAUAGAAGUGUUGUGGAAUAUAGCUGUGAGAAGGAAUUCACUCUGGUUGGAACUAAAUCCAUAGUCUGUGAAAAGGACGGAGAAUUCCAGCCAGCUCCACCGGAGUGUAAAAUGGUUUCAUGUCCUGCUCCUGUUGUUGAGAAUGGCGUUAGGGUUGAAGGUCGUCUGCCCCCCUACCAGCACAAGUCUUUUGUGACGUAUAAGUGCAACGAUGGAUAUAAGAUGAUGGGAGAGGCCAGUCUGACAUGUGAAAUAGAAGGCUGGUCAGCUUCUAUUCCCACAUGCAAAGCCCUUCCGAUGACAACAAAGCCUACUACUACUACUACUACUACUACUACUACUACUACCACCACAACAGCUACUACCACUGCUUCAAAGAAAACCACAAAUGAAGAUCGCGUACCUGGUCCCCCUGAUGCUAAAAACCACACUUGGAAAAUAUUAGGGAGUGUCCUAGGCGUACUUGUCGUUGGUUGUAUUAUAGUAUUUAUAAUCUACAAAUAUAAAGCACGUACCAAGUCUUCUGAUUUGCUUUAGUCUCCUCUUGCAUCCUUGAGAAGGGAGUCACAGUGAACAUGCUGCUGUGAUUUAAUGCACUACCCUCCUGCGUAUGAAUGUAGCAGCCCCUCCCAAAUACCGGGUUCAUAUCCUUUCAAAGGAAGUUCUAUUACGUGAUUGUUUAGAAACCUCAUGAUGAAGAAUGAAUUGGUUCACUCUCAUUUGGAAGCUUGUGCUUAAUGAGUGGCCUAACCUGAUUUCCAGUGUACUUCACAAAUAUCUCUUUAUCUAAGCCUGCUUUCUCAUUGCCAACAUUCUUAGUUACAAUUCUCCCCUUUUACGGCAACCCUGCAUCACAAAGCCAGUUUUACACCCUUUGAAAUAAAGAAUUUGAAGAAAUCAUAUUUAUUAAAAUGUCCAACAAGAUUCCCCUGUGUAUUUAUUUGGAUAGUGAAGCUACAACUUGGCUCUGUACUGAAAAACAGCUUGUAUCCUAAGGCGAUCAGACUCCUGAUCAGCCAACAACCAUCUCCUGUAGUUAGAGUAGUAAGUAGUACUCCUGGAGUAAGUAAGAGACAAAACACACGCAAGCUCACACACCUCAUACACGUAGUCGCCAUACUCACAUAUAUACACAUACAUACCAGUGGAGCCUCCUCGGAGGAAGGGGAGGACCAUCCUUAGUAUUAUUUUUCAAAUAGACAUUAAAGAGGUCAUCCUCUUUGGAUAUACUAAAUAUAUUCACACACUGUUUUGCACUGAAGGUCUACAGAAGCCCCAACAACACAAUGGUGUCGCCUGAGGACAACUACUUUCUGUCCUCUGGGUACAUUGACUUCAAUUAUGAUAUGACGGUUUGCCUGGUUGUGAUUGAUGUCCACACGUGAAGGGAAAAGGUGAGAGGAGGAGCGUAGAUGCGAGAUGAUGAUAAUAAUCAACGGGUUCGUGCUGUUUGUAUGUGGCGGCUAUGAAAAUGAACUGUUUGCGUGUGAUCAGGUCUAUUCAUUCCGACAAUUCUGUUUAAAAAAAAUUCUAAGACUGAAGCAAACUGAACAAAGUGGGAGUAAACAUACCUGAAUUUGUUCAAGAUAAACUAUUUUGUAACUGUUGGACUAAUGAUCACAUCCUAGAUCAGCUAGAUGCAGGCAAGAGUGUGCAAAGCGGUAUUGACUGUCAAUGUCUGUCACCUUGAUUACUCCAAUUUCUCUAUGAACGUACAUUCAAAGGCUAGGUUAUAGCAACCUCCUGAUGGGUAUACAGUCCCUGACUAUAUACCAGUCCCUCCUGUUGUAGCCUAAACCUAUCGCUGUCACAUUGAACUAGGUGAAUGGAAUAUGAAUGUCAUCCAAUAUGCUGUAAUAGAAAUAAAGACAUGCUCGCACAUGAAAUAAUUUUUCCCUCAUCUUAAAUGGCACAGACCACCACAGCCAACACUGAUGUCCCAUGUAUAUAGAGACAUUAAACACUGGACCAUGUAUUUUAUACUGUUUUCACCCUGUGUGUUCAUAUACUGGAUUCUUCACAUUGCUCAUUCUAAUAGAUCUACUGUGCGUUGCAUUUUUGCUACACUGUUUUGCACACCGCCUGUAUUUAUCAACUGAAUUCUUGACAUAGUUCACUGUAAUAAAUCUACAGCUGUACAUAUCAUUUUUAGUGUGUGUGUAUAUAUAUAUAUAUAUUGGUUUAUAUACACAGAUUGAAUUUGGAUUACUGAUUAGUGUUAUUUGGGUUGUUAACUGGAUGUCAUUUGUGAUUUCUUGUUUCAAAUUUGUUCUUAUUUGUGUACUUGCUUGACAUUUCUUUACAGCACUGUUAGGAGCCAGUAACACAAGCAUUUCGAUGUACCUGCGAUAACAUCUGCUAAACUGUGUAUGCGACCAAUAAACUUGGAUUUGAUCUAUCUAGUCCCCCCAUU